AUUGCAAAGAGCUUUACAAAUGGAAGACAUCAGAAAAAUUACUACUGUUACUAGUAGUGCUUUGCACUUGACAACUUAUGUAUUUGAACAGAGCUACAGAUAUAGGCAGUUUCUAAAGACUAAAAUUUUUCACUGUCCCACAGGAGCACCCUUAUCAGGAUUUAAUAUCUGGAGACUUUUUUCCAGAUGUCAAAAAAGGCAGGUUUAGGAUAGGUUUGGUUUAAAUUGGAGGUUGGCACAUAGACUCCGGGAACGAUGCGGCGGACCCUUUAAGUAUUGGGAUGGAAGGGCGGAGCCGUCGUCAGGGACGCGACUGGGCCGCUGGGUUUCCAGGAAGUGACGUCAGGCGGCCGCAGAGAUGGAGGACGUGCUGGACCUAGGCGAGGAGCGGCGUCGCGGCUCGGCCAUCUCCGGAGCCAAGAUGGGGCGCCGAGCUCAACAGGAGUCAGCUCAAGCCGAGAAUCAUCUCACUGGCAAGAAUUCCUCUUCGACUCUGUCUGCAGAGGCUCCCCCUCCCAAGCCACCCCGCCGGCAAGGAGGCUGGGCAGAUGACUCCAUGAAGGCUUCCAAGUCAGGAAGGAGGGCUUCUGAAGAAAUAGAAGAUCACCGCCUCAGACAGCAGAGCCUGGAUGGAUCAGAUGAUGGAGGAGAUAUUCCUGUUAUUCCAGACCUGGAAGAAGUACAGGAGGAAGACUUUGUUUUGCAGGUGGCGGCCCCUCCCAGCAUCCAGGUCAACCGGGUGAUGACCUACCGUGACCUGGACAAUGACCUCAUGAAGUACGCAGCCUUUCAGACCUUGGAUGGAGAGAUCGACUUGAAGCUCCUCACCAAAGUCCUGGCGCCGGAGCAUGAGAUUCGAGAGACACCUUUAUGUUCCAGCCAGCGUUGUCGCCCACCCAAGUCUUCAGGGGGCCUCCCAAGAAGAUGGCCCAAGAGGGAUGAUAGAAUGGACGAGCUUCGACAGCAUUUUGAUGAUUAAACCAUAUACCAUACGUCAAGCGUCCGGCACAAAGCAAGCACUCGACGGCGAUUACUUCUGAUCACACUGGGUGGACAGGCAACAUUCCCCCUGAUGGCAAGUCGUGGGCAUUAGGCACUGACGGCGCCUACGUGGGCAUCUAACCCAAGGUCGUGAGCUGGAGGCCCACGGACUGACUUCAACCCACAGGACAUGAUUGAUUUGGCCACAACACAUACUUUUUUUUUUUGAUUGAAGUAGAGUUGAUUUACAGUGUUGUGCCGAUCUCUGCUGUGCAGCAAAGUGACUCAGUUUUAUACAUAUAUACACAUUCUUUUU